CUAAAUUUAGCACUAGUUACCAACCAACUUUGAAACAGCAUAUAUAUUUUUUUAUUUUUUGUUUCAGGGUUCACACAUUCUCUUGUUGGUUGGUUUCUGAUUCCGAGGUUGAAAAUGUCUGCUGCUGUGAGAGCUGUCUCCUCCACAACCAAGGAUGUUUCAUUCAACCCUCAUUUAGAGGAAGAGCUCAAAAACAGUGAUGGUGCCAACACUGAUGAUGCUGAAGAAACUGAGCCAGAGGAUGAUGAUGACUCCAAGUUGGAAUCUGACAGGGAAUUGGAUCUUGGUCCUCAAUUUUCCCUCAAGGAACAGCUUGAGAAAGAUAGAGAUGAUGAAAGUUUGAGAAAAUGGAAAGAGCAACUUCUGGGAAGUGUUGAUAUCUCUACCGUUGGAGAAAGUAAAGACCCAGAAGUGAAGAUACUGAGCCUCACAAUUACAAGCCCAGACAGGCCCGACCUCACAUUGCCAAUUCCUUUUAAUAAUGAUCCUAAGAAGAGUCUCUUCAUCCUUAAGGAAGGAAGCCAAUGUCGCAUGAAAUUCACCUUCACUGUCUCCAACAACAUCGUUUCUGGUCUCAAAUACACAAAUAUUGUUUGGAAAACUGGUGUUAGAGUGGAUAGCAGAAAAAGAAUGUUGGGAACUUUUAGCCCCCAGCAGGAACCAUAUACAUAUGAUUUGGAAGAAGAAACUACCCCUUCUGGCAUGUUUGUCAGGGGAACCUAUGCGGCAAGAACUAAGUUUGUGGAUGACGAUAAAAGAUGCUACUUGGAUGUCAGCUACUACUUUGAAAUUCAGAAGAAUUGGGCGACACCUUGAUGAGAUUCAAACUUUUAGUAAUUUAGUGGGGUUUUUUUUUUUACUCUUGAAUUUGUUAUCUUUCUGGAACAGAUUGGAACUCAACUUCUUGAUUAUCAAAUCCAGUUAGUACCAUUG